UUCCCAUUUAGUCCGGAUUUUACUAGAUCGCGUGUAGAGGCGCGCGAAUUGUCGCUGCAAAAUUUAAGAUUGUUGGACCUGCAUCAAAGAUCGAUAGCUUCACUUUAACGUGGCUAGUUUGAAUUUACUUCAGUAUCAUAUGUGGCGAGAAAAUUGAUUUUCUUUCGAAAACGUUUUUUGCAAUCCUUGCACCCAUGUAAUUGGAAUAAGUUUGGUUACCGUAUCUGCGAAGGUUGAACGAUGUCAAGAAGGUGUCCAGAUUCUAACCGAGGGGAGAGGCGACAGUCCGGUGACUUCGGACCGCCGCCAGAACUUUACAGUGUAUUCCAGGGAGAGGUGGCUGCCAUUCAACAAUAUGGUGUGUUUGUCAGAAUUCCAGGUAGCAGACGACAAGGUCUGGUUCACAAGUCUCAAAUGUCUAGGACACGAGUGGAUGACCCAUCAGAGAUGCUGAGUAAAGGAGAAAUGGUUUACUGUAAAGUGAUCUCACACGAUGGAAGCAAAAUAGGACUGUCUAUGAAAGUUGUCAAUCAAACCACAGGUGCUGACUUGGAUGUGAAUAAUGUGGAAUUGGUCCAGGACGAACAAAGACGGAGAACUGGUCACAAGAGGGAGAUCCAGAAAAUUGAAUUAGGAGCUUUUCUUAACACUAUGUGCAAGAAGUGUGGGGCCAAAGGUCACUUCACUCAGGACUGUUUCCACGUGGCAGGAGGGAAGGCUUACGAGCUGGUUCCAGAUAUAGAUGAAAUGAUAGAGAUAAACGAGGGUACGGAGGAGGGGUCAUCCCCACCAAAGAAGAGAAAGAAGGAAAAGAAGAAGCACAAAAAGCAUAAGUCUAAAGAGAAGAAAGAGGAGAAACAGAAGAGGAGGAAAGAGUCUAGUGACAGUGAUUCGUCAAGUCAUGAACGUUCAGCCAGGAAAUACAAAUCCCACAAAUCCAAGAAACAGCAUCAUCACAGAUCAAGGUCUGAAUGCAGGUGACCUUUAACAGAGUAAAAUUAUCACAUGACUAAUAGAGUAACUUAUCUAGAAGUGACAGUGAACACAGAUUUCCUCGUGAAACAUGUUUGUAUGAAACCAGUAGUGUUUGGGAGAAUCAUCAUUCACUGUAUAAAAUUUGAGUUUUUGUGUAUACUGUACUACAGAUCAUAAACAAUUUUUGUUUAUGAGGUUGCAUUGACCAUGCUCAACCAUAACUGGAAGAAUUCAAAUCAAGGGGGAUAAGUAGACGUUCUAUGCAGACUCAAGGGCGAUAACUCGCGAGUUUCUCAGUGUUUGCUUUCAGAUGGAAUGGUUCAGAGCUUUAUUGGAUUUAGGUGCUUUAAAUUUUGGGUUUUUCACUUUUCACGUAUUGUAACAAUAUGAUGACGCUCAUCAUUACCUUUGUAUGUAUCAGUUUUGUACCUGACUUCCAUUUAAGCCUUUCUGUCACAGGUAUUGUUAAUGUUGGGAAGUCAUAUAAACAGCUUUGUACGUCACAAUUAAGGUUUUGUUUUCCAAAUGUUUUCUAGAUUUGUUUUGUAUUGAUGAAUGGUUUCUUAAAGAGAGAAAAUAUUUACUUCAUCAAGCAUCCUUACUUCAUUUACUUUAUGUUGAGUAAUUGAUAAUAACAUUCACUUUAUGAUCUUCCAUAUCAAGGAAAAGGAUCCGAAUCAUGCACUGCAGUUGGUCAGAUUUGUCGGUGAUCUAUUAGUAUUGCUUUAUUGCUUUAUGUUUUAUUAUUUAUGCCACUGUCAUGUUUUUGGAUUUUAAAUCAAAGUUAUGCAAGAAUAAUUGUUGUAAUUGUAGUGAUUAAUAUCUCUUUGAGCAGAAGCAUGAAAGAAUAAUAGGAUUGUCUAUCAACAGAACUAACAAAGUGCGUUUUCCUGCAAUAAAAAUACUAGUACAGCAUUUCCUUGGUCAGUUAUUGGGGUCUUCAUUGCCACUUUACCUCAGGACGAGUGUUAGGUACCAUGUUCCAAUGCCCUUUAAUUGGAGUUUUCUACCCUUAAAUCUGAAUACCAAUGUUUUUUUUUUAGUUAUGUCAUUAUAACAGCACAGGACCACUUUCGUCACCUCAAGGUCAGAGCAUUCAAAGUUGGGUGUCUGCAGCGCAUUGGCAGCCUGGAAACCCUACCACAAGAACGCAUAGUUUGUGUACACACACCUAAUUACUCCUUGUGGUCGUACAAAUGAAAAAUUGUUAAGUAUGAUGUUAAACCCAAAGCAUACAUACGUACACAGAGUGAUUCCUAUUACAGUACAAUGUCUGCUUUCGCUUGGAAAAAUUUAAGAUUAAUGUUUUGUAGGAAAGUUUUUUAGUUGAACUACUUAACCCAGCAAUUUUGAAUAAGUAUGAUUCCUCUGUUCUGCUUUCUUCACUCACAAAAGCUGACCACUAACAUGUGAAGAAAAUAGUCUCCAAUUUUAGUUUUCAGUCGAAUAAUUGUUUCUUUCUACAAAAGCAGUGAGAGAACAGUGAAAUGCGUGCAUCUGCAAUAAGACAAUAAGAGGAUCUUUUUUGCUGAUUUUCGUCACUAUGUAAUCCAGUAUGUCUGCUACAGACUAUCCUGGAUUCUUUGUGUUUCCCAGAUAUUUUGAAGUUUUCAAUCAAGGUCAUUUUUACACAAUGGCUGCAAAUCAGAAACAGGAUUUUAGGAAUUGAUUUUUUCGCCACACUGUAAUCCAGUAUGGCUGCUGUCAGUCAUCU